AGGACAUCUGCAUUUGGGGAAAAGGCUUCGAAUUCCGCUUCUGAAACAGAUUCAGCGUCUGCCAUAUGGAGAUCCUCCGUAUCAAAUGUAAUUGGCAUUUUUUCAAGAGGAUAAGAUUUUCUUGGAUUCUCAAUUGGCGUAACGCUGAUCCGCCAAAAUGAUUUAAUUGCAUCAAGUGUAACUUUGUUAUCUUUAGGAUCUCGUGAAGCAUCUCUUUCAUUAAAGUUAUGAGAAUCUAGUAAACCAUGAGAAACAUUAUCAUCAAAAGUCCAUAUUAGAUGUUCAAGAGAUGCUUCAAGUUGUAAUCCACCAGAUAUAUCAAAUGGAUCAGACAGAGAGCGCUUUAGAACACCGUCUGGAAUCAGUUCUGUGUGCUCACUCUCUCCUGUACAUGAUAAUUCAUCAACAUCUGCAAUAGCAAUUGGCGCAUUAGAAAAGUCCAUUUCCCUAGUGCGCCAUAUCAAAGGACAAUUAGUUUGA